CCCCACGAGCCCCCUUCCCGUCCGCGGAUGAGCCUAUUCCGGACGUGUCACCCACGUGGACGCACACCCCGUGUGGCCUUCUGUGUCUGGUUCCCUCCCUGAGCGUCGUGGGCUCGGGGUCAGUUCCCGGGGCAGCAUGUGUCUGCACCUCAUUAUUUGUAUGACUGAAUAAUCCAGCCUUUGAAUAUAUUCAGUGCUUUUUUGAAAGUAAGGAAUUUGAGGUGAACAGAGGAGUCAAAGCUCUAUUUCCUUCCUCCGUCCCCGAAGAAGUCCUUGGUAAUAGAUCCUUACAUUCCUUUUAGAAACGCUCUCCACACGUCGGUGCGGUACCCGCUUCCUCAGCUGUAGCUGCCUAACAGACCACCCCAGGGCUUAGUGCUUGAGAAAACAGCUGCGUGUUUGCUUGUGACUCUGCCCCUGGCUCGACUUCGGCUGGCAGUCCUUCUGUGGCCUCGCCUGGGGUCACACGGCCGUGGUCAGCAGGCGGCAGGAAACCCAAGAGGCUCCCGCACCCUGGUCCUGCACCUCAGCUGGGGGCUGCCCGCCUGUCUCCGGAGCCCCGGGGCUCAGGGUUCCCGGAGGGCGGAAUCGGAGGCCGCCAGCCUUGCCUGCGCCCUGCGGUUCCUUUGGCGGCACUCUGCUGCUCAGAGCAUCACGUGGCUGCAGAGAACCGGCUGUCUUCACUCAGCCACGGGAGCCUUUCUUCCUGUUUGGAGAGAGGAUUUGCAAGUGUGGCUCCUGCGCGUCCUGGCGGGCCAAGGCUGACCGGGGCUGAGGGUUGGCAUUGCCCCCCAGGGGUUCCCAGCGUCUCCGCAGGCUGCCCGCAGGGCUCUGCUGCAGAGGCCUAUGCUGCGGGAGGCCCAGGGCAGCCCGAUCAUUCCAGCUAAUCAGGGAAGUGUGUGCGGCUGGGCCUCAGCACCACUUCCUGGCUUCUCGGGGCUGCUGGCCCUGUCUGCCAUGGCCUUGUGCUUUCUCGUUGGCUCUGAGUCACGGGGAGCCGGCACCCUUCCUGGGCACUAGGCAGUCCUGCUCUGGGCAGGGGCCCCACCCUGCACGGAGCUGACAGGUCUCAUGCCCCUUGUGUCCGGUGGGGAGUCCCUGUAUGCAGAGAGCUCUGAAGGUGUCUGUCACGGGGUGACUGAGCAGACCUGCUCUCCCGGUAGUGGGGGAGACAUAACAUGGAGGCACCGGGUGCUGCCGAGUGCCUGGGAGACCCAGAAGGCCCAGGAGUCCUUCCUGAGCCCCGUCCUCCCUCAGUUUCCACAUCAAACAAACGUGGAGGAGCAGCUCCUGCUGAAGCUCACAUGCGUGCACAGGGGAGAGGAAAGGGUGUCUGUCUAUCCAUCCAUCAGUCAGUCAACAAACGUUGGCUUGGCCCAGAAGAAGAUGGUCCCGACGGAGGCCCCGUUGAUGACUGGACAACCGGGUCCUGGCCACGGGAAGAAGUUGGGUCAUCGGGGCGUGGACGCCUCUGGCGAAACCACAUACAAGAAGACCACCUCCUCCACCCUGAAGGGGGCCAUUCAGCUGGGCAUCGGCUACACUGUGGGCAAUCUGAGCUCCAAGCCAGAGCGUGACGUGCUCAUGCAAGACUUCUACGUCGUGGAGAGCAUCUUCUUCCCCAGCGAAGGCAGCAACCUCACCCCCGCCCACCACUUCCAGGACUUCAGGUUCAAGACCUACGCCCCCGUCGCCUUCCGCUACUUCCGGGAGCUCUUCGGGAUCCGACCGGAUGAUUACUUGUACUCGCUGUGCAACGAGCCACUGAUUGAGCUGUCCAACCCUGGCGCCAGCGGCUCCCUGUUCUACGUCACCAGUGACGACGAGUUCAUCAUCAAGACGGUGAUGCACAAGGAGGCCGAGUUCCUGCAGAAGCUGCUGCCCGGCUACUACAUGAACCUCAACCAGAACCCGAGGACGCUGCUGCCCAAGUUCUACGGGCUGUACUGCGUGCAAUCGGGCGGCAAGAACAUCCGCGUGGUGGUCAUGAACAACAUCCUGCCACGCGUCGUCAAGAUGCACCUCAAGUUCGACCUCAAGGGCUCUACGUACAAGCGGCGGGCCAGCAAGAAGGAGAAGGAGAAGAGCAUCCCCACCUACAAGGACCUGGACUUCAUCCAGGACAUGCCCGAGGGGCUUCUGCUCGACGCAGACACCUUCUCUGCGCUCGUCAAGACGCUGCAGCGGGACUGCCUGGUGCUGGAAAGCUUCAAGAUCAUGGACUACAGCCUGCUCCUGGGCGUGCACAACAUCGACCAGCAGGAGCGCGAGCGGCAGGCCGAGGGCGCCCAGAGCACCGCGGACGAGAAGCGGCCGCUAGGUCAGAAGGCGCUCUACUCCACGGCCAUGGAGUCCAUCCAGGGCGGGGCCGCACGUGGGGAGGCCAUCGAGUCGGACGACACGAUGGGCGGGAUUCCUGCCGUGAAUGGCCGAGGGGAGCGUCUGCUGCUGCAUAUCGGCAUCAUUGAUAUUCUGCAGUCCUACAGGUUCAUCAAGAAGCUGGAACAUACUUGGAAGGCUCUCGUCCAUGACGGGGACACAGUCUCUGUCCACCGGCCCAGCUUCUACGCGGAGCGCUUCUUCAAGUUCAUGAGCAACACGGUCUUCCGGAAGAAUUCCUCCCUGAAAUCCUCGCCGUCCAAGAAGGGCCGUGGUGCCUUGCUGGCCGUCAAGCCCCUGGGGCCCACAGCUGCCUUCUCAGCCAGCCAGAUCCCCAGUGAGCGGGAGGACGCACAAUAUGACCUCCGGGGGGCCCGCAGCUACCCCACACUGGAGGAUGAAGGUCGGCCCGACCUCCUGCCCUGCACGCCGCCAUCUUUUGAGGAGGCCACCACCGCCUCCAUCGCUACUACCCUGUCCUCCACGUCUCUCUCCAUCCCGGAGCGAUCGCCCUCGGAGACGUCCGAGCAGCCGCGGUACCGGGGGGGCCCCCAGUCUUCGGGACAGGAUGGCCGGCCCCAGGAGGAGACGCAUGCGGAGGAGGACCUGCAGCAGAUCACGGUGCAGGUGGAGCCCGCGUGCAGCGUAGAGAUCGUGGUCCCCAAGGAGGAGGACGCGGGGGUGGAGGCUUGCCCAGCUGCUGCCGCUGCUGAAGCAGAAACCACCAGCCAGGCCUCGGAGCCCGCCAGCCAGGCCUCGGAUGAGGAGGACACACCUGCCACGGACAUCUACUUCUUCACCGAUGGGAGGUACUGGAUUUACUCUCCCCGGCAUCGCCGACUGCGGGCCGUGACGCUGAGCUCCUCAGGGACUCCCACCGAUGAGAGGAGCUGGGUGUACUCCCCGCUUCACUAUAGCGCGCACGCCCACCCAGCCUCCGACGGCGAGAGCGACACAUAAUUUCUAUGCACUCACCGCCCUGGAGCCGAGCGCCCGCCGCCGCCGCCCUGGCCGCUUCGCGGAGGCACUGCCCGCCCGCCGGACCCGCCUCCGCCGCCGGCCGCCGCCGCUCCUGUCAACUACCUAUGACUGUGAACCUCCCUGAGUGUCCGAUCACGUAUUUAUUUUGGGUCCUUACUCUUUGCACAAAGACGGCAGCACAGGUGUGCUUUUUUAGAAAAAGAUUAAAAAAAAAAAAAAAACGUGUGGGAAAAAGGAAGAAAGUCCACUCCACUGCACUUUGUAGUUCUUUGCUGUGCUUGCAUGUGUCUCCUUGAGGGAAUAAGGCCUGUUGGCUCCGGGGACCUGUGCCCGGAGCUGAGAUCCACACUCCGAGGUUCUGCCGCUCUCCACUUGGACGGGGUGCCCCCGCGCCCGCAGGCACUCUGGGCUCAGGCACUGGACAUCCGCCCUUGGAGGUGGCUGACCAGUGGUCUGGGGGCGGCUCUCCACCCCCCCCUCCAUGUUUCCACCACCUCACCUGCCAGGUGACUCGGGAGCAGGAAUGGCUAGGAGGCCACUCCUCUCCAUGGAGCUCAGGACUGUGGGCCUCUCUGUCCUCCCCAUGCGGCCUGCUCGGUAUCUCGCAGAGAGGGCCUGAGGCCUACGUGAAGGGAGACGCGCUGGGCCCUCAGGCCGUGGGACUUCCAGAGAGCGGGUCCUGGAGCAGGGGCCCUCUCAUGGUCAAGUUGCUCUGCUGUCCAGUAAGAGAUCCUCCUCCAGGACCGGGAAGGGCUUUCUUUUCCUUUUGAGGUGGUGACGUGUAAACAACUUAAAGGAUAGGAGACAAAGUUCUUUGUGAAAAACACAAUAAAUUUUGGGGGGUUUGUCAUCUUCAGGAGCAGCUCCCCCCGGGCUCAGAGACCCCACUGGAUCCAGAGGGGACUAUGGGAGCCGCUGGCAUGGUGGGGUCUGUCCUGCCCCCACAGAAAUGCCCUCCCACCUCUUGAGAGGUGGAACAGUGGGGAUGGUUUCCCCCAGCCCGCUCUGCCCCCCGCCCCCCACUGGCUUGCUUGCUUGGGAGGAGCUAGGAGCUGGCUUGGAGCAGAAGCUACACCUGGAAGAAUUUCUCCCAGCCCUUGCCUUCCUGGCGGAGAACCCACUGAUCCAGGAGUUUGAUUUUCUGAGUCCCUCGUCUGGGUCCCUCACCUGCUGUCAUCUCCCCUCGCACGGCUCGCUUUGUGCGCCUGGAGGGAGCCUGUUGGACUGGCUGCCUUCUGUCCAGGACGGCCAGGGACGCGCCAGCAUGCAGCCUGGGGAAGGCAGCCCUGAGAGGAUCCAUCAGAACAAGCCUGUGGGCGUCCCAGAUCAGAAGCAAAAUGAUGCCCUCUCCUUGUUGCCCUAGGGGGCUUUGUCCAGACGGCAGGAGGUGUCCUCACCUGGAUUUCAGAUGGGCAUCUGUCUGCAGGUGCCCUGGCUGCAUGCCUUGAGUCGCCAGUCCGUCCCUACCCCUUCCUGCCGAGGAGGUGAGCAAGCAGAGGCCUGGAGGUACAUCUCAGGCCUUGAAGACUAACAGGGACGACUGUGUCACCCAAAAGCCGGCAUUGGAGUCCCUGCCCAGGCCCCAAAGGCCGGAUGUUCAGGCACGUUGUGAGUUCUGUGGGGAUGACCAGAGCAGCACGCACAGUCCUGGAGCAGUGUGCCCCGUGUCCAGGGCAUCCUCAGCCACUUGGAGCUUUAGGAGCAAGGAGGGGAGCUCUGCUGGUCCCCUCGGGCUUUCCUGAGUGAAUCAUGGAACAAAGGCAUCGCUUGGAUGCUGACUUGCAAGAGAAAUUUGCAAGCCUCCUGGAUAUCAUGAUGUUUCUAUUUUUGUGUUAGGUCGCUGAGACCUCUUUGGAGACCUGUUUUGUGUUGUUUGCAUUCUUUGUCCCUUCAGAGAACUGUCACGUGGAUGCUAACGUGGUCUGCAGACUGUGCCGAUGGGAGUUGUUUGCUUAUUAUUUGGGGGGCCAGGGGCCGGAAGGCAAGACUUUAUUUAUAAUGUGUAGCAAAUUCGUGGCCUUUCCCAGGCUCCCCCACCCCCAGAGGAAGGCCCUGGACCCACCCAGCUGUCGCCGACCCCCGGCAUAGAAAUCGAAAUUCCUUCGUGGCGACACCUUGUCUCCCUUGUGGCUCAUCUCUGAUGGCUGUGGCCGCUGAGAGCCGAGAGCCUGGGCACUGUCCGGAUGGCUGAGCUGUGAAAACGAAAGACAUUUCCCGAGACUGACAAGGUGCAGCUUCCCGAGAGCCCCUGCUAGCCUCCCUCCUCCAACCUCCCCGCGCCCCUCCCUCCACCACUUGGCUCAGUGCAAUACUCCCCUUCUGGUGGGGUCCCUUGCCAUGGUACUGUCGCUGCAGCCCCUCGGUCCGUACCGUGGGCCAGCGCCUUCCACCGCCUCUUCUCUGGUGGCUCAGUUGCAUCGCCUGUCCCCCACACCCCACCCCCAUGUCGUUUUUAUGGUCGAAUUGAUUUCAAAACAAUGAAACUGCAAACCUUGUGUGUCUUAAUUCUCUCGGGGGGUUCCAUGUGCUCAGCCCCCAUGGUCUGGUGUGUGACAAUCCAGAGCGCGGCCUCAUCGGGCACAGAAUGCCGUCUCUCUCAAACCCAGAGCCGUGGGCACCUCUGUAACUGUGCAGACCUGCUGGCCCCAAGUAACAUAUGCAGCCUCGGGCCCCCCUUCCCGCCACCCCUCCUUCUUUUUAUGUUGAAGGGUUCUCUCUAAUAAAAUCGGGUAAUAAGCAUCA